AUGGGGAGCGACAUUGGGAGCCCAAGGCGGGGGCGGCGGGAGUUUACUGCGCUAGAGGUAGCACAAGACAAAGUCGAAAGGGACUUGCGCAACGAGGUCCAGCUCCUCGAAAAGAGCCUCAAGAGCACGGUAGAAGAGCUUCAAGACACAAGGUCCGAGACCUGGGACUUGCGAUACCAGUGCCAAGACCUGAAGCAGGAGAUUUGGAGGCUCAACAUGCAUUUGAGCCAUAGUGUGGCUGUCAGUGAUUGGGAGGAUGGCAUUGCGGUUCCUAAAACUGCGCGUGAACUGGUGCUGGAGCAAGAGAGGGUAAGGCUGCAGAGGAAGGUGACCGAGUUGGAAGAAAUCGUGUGGAGGAAGGAGGAGAGAUACAGGUACAAGACGGGUGGUUUCAGCUUGUCAAGGACAAGGUCGCUUUGA